UAAAGAGCUGAGACAGGAAAAAUAGUUCUUACUUUGCGGACUGCAAAUAUAACGACAGUAGAACGUGUCAAAUGGUAGAAAAUGUUUACAGUUUCUUCAACAAUUGUGAUUACUCAAACUGUAAUAAAAUUAAAUGUGAUAAACACGUUUCUUGUCUGUCAUAAUUGUUAUUGAAUGAAUUGUGUUAUGAAUCGUUCUUUAGUUUUAUAUACUAUAUAUUAUCGUGUUAAUGCACCUGGUUUUACUCUUGUUGUAGUUUAUGUGAUUUCAUGUGUGUGUUUGUUUUAUAUCGAUUUUCUCGUCCUAAUCGAUUUGGCAAAUUUCAAUUUGUUAAUUUAAUGUAUAAUAAGUAGAAAUAAUACUAGCUAGUAAUGUUACAUCCUGUAAAUAUUUAUAACUUGGCAUCGCACAAGGUCGCAGUUUUCUCUGUCUGUUAAUAAAAUAUUGACACUACUACGGAUAUUUACUGAAUACUAUUAUAGUUAGCAAAAACAUUAUGUAUGUGUAAUUUAAAAUGAGAUUUAAACAAGAUUGAAGGCAAGUACAUUUUUAUAACAAGGAAGAUAACAAGUGUAACAGAUUGACUGUGAUCGGUGAAGUCCCUUGAAAAUUGCAACAAGGAAGAAUGUAUUGUACUUUCCAGGAAUGACUGAAUUUCCAUGUCAAUUUCCCUGUCCAUGGCACAAUAAAACAUUUACUUUUUACUCUUCUGGUGAGACGACUGGAAGGACAUGGAAAUUUUACGCUAAUGGUCAAACAAGCCUGAUGAGCGAUGAAUCACCAUAUAUUUUUAACUGUUAUCAAAUUACAGAACGAUUUCUUAUUGUUAGGAAUGGCGAUUCUGACAGCUUUAGAUGCUUCCCGAUUUAUUAUGAUCCUGAAAUUCCUCUGGAGUUUAUAAUGGGAGGUUGGAAUGCAUUUAGUUUUAUAAACCAUACGGGAGAAUUUACAGAUUUAUGUGGAUUUUGUAAAGAGCCACGUAUUAUAUGGUCACUUUCUGCAACGGGACCACCGUCUAUCUCCACACUGUCGCUUAACUGCACUAGACCAUCAACAUGUCCCCCGCCUGGUGGAGUUUGUGAUAAGAGUGACACCAUCUCAAAAGCAUGCCCAACAACAACUGUUCCAACAACGACUACAGCAGAUCCAACAACCACAAAGAGCCACUGUGGAAAGAAGCAGGAUCAUCGUCCAUUAAUUUAGACAACAACAAAAGACAAACGUGGUCGAGUGUUUCAACUUACAGUUUAAGUACGAAUACAGAUUAAUUGAUAUAAUAAACUAAG